CAAUCAGGCAGUCAAUGAGCAGGCGACGAGCGGAUGCCGCGUGAAAGAACCCGGCUGUCAGCUGAUUUCCGACAUUCGCGCUCUGAUGGUAAUCCCAACCCCAGGGUAGGCACUACAGCUCACGAAGUCUAUCAUUCCAAGCCCAGACGAGCUCAAUCCAAUAAAAGAAAAACCCAGCACGAAGAUUUCCUCGAUCAGCGAGCACGCCUAUAAUUUUUGUUUCUGUCAUCGAUUCCCCCGUAUUGAAGGAACGUUGAGCCGCCAUGUGGGCCACCAGGGGGCGCUGGUUUCGACCCAGCGCGCACAGCGGCACGCCGGAUGGCCCGCCGAGGAAGAGCUGCGCACGCGAGCCCGCCAGACCCACUAGCGAAACCGUCGAGCGCAGCCGUCGCGGUGAACUGGAGGAGACGAGCAGCGGCGGGCCAGUUGCGCGGGGGCAGCAGGACUAUCGCCCCAGAGUCCAUCCCAAUCCCAGCAGCGACGCUCGCUCCAAGCCCGCCAGGCCCGCUGGCGGAACCGCAACCGGCGCGUCAGAGGAGCGGUCUCCAGAUGCUGGCACCGCGGCAGGCGCCGCUGGCGGCGCUGCCGCGCCUUUCUUCGGAGCCUCGUCUUUGCGCGGGAAGGGAAGUGGCGCCUCUGCGAAAGGCGCGAGCAAGCGCGCAAGCGCACGGGAUGCGUCCGCUAGCGGGGCGUGUUUAGGCGGACUGGUGGAUCUGCGGACCCUGGGGUCUGCGCGGGGGGGAGCGGCGAGCGCAUCGGGGGAGCGCAAGGCGCUAGCGUCGUUCCGGCGGCAGCACAUGAUGCGAUUCCUGGGCGACGCGAACCUGCUCGUGCUGCAGCUGCACGGCAAGGCGCUCUGCUGCGGACGAUCGCAGGCCAAGCUGGUCGACGAGGGCGACGAGGGCGACGAGGAGGACGAUCAGGACGAGGAGGACCACGGAGCCAGAGAGGCGGGAGAGGCGGGGGAUGAGAGAAAGGGAGGCGCGGAAGAACAGGAGGAAGAGACCGAGACGGGGGAUGAUGAGGAGGAUUUCGGGCUUGACGAGGCGGUGUCCUCUCUGGACGCUGGAGCGGAAGAAGGCGAGGGGAAGGAGAAAGCGGGAGACUUUAACAUCCCUGGGUCCAGGGCGAGGGGAGGGGCAACCGGGCAGUCCGAAGGCUCCCUCUUGGUAGCCUCGGAGAUCGGCAGCUCGAGGGAUGGCGCCCCUUCGGCGAACGCGAAACCUCGCGACGUCACAGGCUCGAAGGGACGUGCGACACCUCCGGCGACGCCGAUGACGACGUCCAUGCGAUUGCGCUCGUCGCAAUCGCGGUGGGAGCAGGUGCUGAGCGACUGGGCGGCGAGCGCGCGACUGGCGGCGGAUGAAGUCGCACAGGGGCACGAGGUGUGCGAGGGAACGCAAAACGAAGGGAGCGAGCAAAAGGAGAGAACCUCAGGUGCUUCAGAGAAAAGGGAAUCUGCGACUGGAGAGGGGGUGAGGAGCCUCGAGGCUCUUAGAGAGGACGCGAUAUCUGGCGCGGGUGGCUGCGAGGUCUCGCAAGUGAGGGGGACAGCAUCAGGCACUGAGGGUGACAGGAGCUCGACGGCUGCAGCGGUGGCAGACUGCCAGCAGCUUGCUGCGAUGGGUUCCUGCGAUGGUCGCACAGCUUGCUCCGACGACGACGAUCGUCGCACAAACGACCGUGCGUCUGCGACGACUGGCGAUGCUGGUGCAUCUCGGGUCGACAGGGAGGGUAGCAUCGGUGGCACGGGGAGUUGCGACAAGGGCGUCGCGGCGAAAGGCAUGGGCGGCAAUGCGUGUGUUGUUCAAUCUGAGGUGGUGGUGGGGUUGGAAAACCGCGAACGCGGUGACGAGAAACGGACAGGCACUCCUUUUAGUGCGGAUGGUGACUGUACUGGCGGUAACAGUGGGGGUGGUGUAGAUGAGAUUUCUAUAGAUGAGUGCAAAAGGGAUAAAUUCUUGAAGGUGGAAGCGGAAGAGGCUGAGUCAUCAUGUACUCAGACUGUACAUGCAGACAGCAAGGUGUGCCAAGAUGACGUCAGCUUGAGGAAGGGAGGAGCAGGGCGGGGAGCAGCAAGUGUGUUGCGUGCACCGGAAGCUACAAGAAGCAGGGAAGUUCGCAGCACCCAGGUGGAAGGGGAGAGUGAGGGAAGGGCUGAACAGAGGCAGAGGAAGGAUAGGCAUUCUUGGCUGAAGUACCACAGCCUGUGUGGGGUGGAGGGGGUGCAGUGGAAUAGCUGGGCAAGGGUGUGGGGAAGGCGGAAUUGCAGAGCUGCAUCUUGACGCCUCUGUGGCUUUGAGUUCUGAGGAUGAGAAUGGAGGUGGUUUUUUGGUCUUGUAUGAUGUGUAGGUAUCGUAACAUCCCGGAUAUAAGACCCCCUAGUAAUAGAAGACCCUGGGUCUUCUAUUAGGCGCUUAUCUUGUGGUAACCCGGUUUUUUGCCCCUGGAUCUAGGGCCAUUUGGAAUAUUUCUAAAC